AUGGCGGAAAUGAGAAUGCUUAGGUGGAUCUGUGAGUGUCCUAGGAAAGACGGGAUUAGAAAUGAGGUUAUCCGAGAUAAGGUGGGUGUGGCUUUGGUAGAAGCUAGGAUGAUGGAAGCAAGAUUGAGAUGGUUCGGUCAUGUGAUGAAGAGGAGCACUGGUGAUGGAGCUAUUGGUAGUGGUAGUGAUAGUGGUGCUGAUGUUGAGGCUAUUGAUGCUCCUCUUGUGGAUGUCACAAUAGAAACUACUAGUGAACAACAUACCACAGUUGACAAUCCAUCAACUGCUUCCAAAGAGGAAGAAAAAAUGAAGCUUGUCAGUCCAGAAGAACGGAAGAAUUAUCUAUUUUAA